UAGUCGAAACUACGUAUAGUACCUUUAUAGAGCAGUCGACAAGUGCGAAAAGGAUGCGUCAUUUCGUGUGGAUGCUACUGCUUUUACUAAUUUUGGAGGUGGCUGUCGAGGCGAGAAAGCCGUUUUCAUGUUACGAUAUGUUCGUGAGACCCAAGCUUGCUAAUAAGCGAUGCAAUACAGCUUGCUGGAAGUAUAAUAAAUGCCGAGGACGUUGCGAGUUCAAGCACGGGCGCAAGCGAUGUUCAUGCGGGCGGGUGUGCGGUCGCAUUAGAAGUUUUUGGAAAGAUCGACACUGAAAUUUUUGCAUGACAUGAAAAGUUUACCAAGUAAAAGUCU